GACGCGCAGGAGGAGGAGGGGGAGUCGUCUGAGGAGGACACGGCCGAGGAUACCUCUACGCCGGCUGUCUGGUUGCGAGGUCCUUCGCGACUCCCAGAUAGGCCGAUACCUGUUGCCUUGCGCCCGCUGAUUCGACCGAGCGGGGAUAUGAGUUGGACUGUCCUAAGUGGCGGUGCUCACAAACACAAGGUCAAUGGCAUUCUGGGUCUUUUGUGCAGGGACCACUUCCCAGGCCUAGUCCACUAUCAAGGACGGUACGAGCCGGCCUGGACGUGGGACCAUUACAUCGCCGCCAACAACGAUCAGUUGGAUCGAAGUGGCAGAGCCUUUGAGAACAAGGCGGAGCGGGUAAAGGCCGAGCUCUGGGAUUUUUACAGGUGUGACGAGGGAUACGAGGAGCGGGCGGCGAUUGUGGCUCACAAUCGAUGCGUUAAACUCGUGAAGGACAUGCAUUAUGAGGCGCAAGUCCAGUGCGUCAUCAACUAUUGUGCACAUUUCCUAAAGCAGAAGAUCGGGAAGACUGAGGCGAGGGAUUUGAAGCUGACCCGAGAGCAAUAUUUAUAG